AUGGCCGACGAAUCUGUAGUGCUGUCGACGCCGCAGGUGCAGUGCGCCGAGUGCGACCAGCAGCGCCCCGCGUCUGUCUGCACGCCGAAGCAGCGCUCGCGCGCCACAGGUGAGCCAAUUUCGUGGAUCUGCGGCCCGUGCAAUUCCCUGAAGAAGAGGAUAUCCACCUUGAGAAGCUCCGAUCCGACUCGCUUCGAGGGGUGGUCCGAGCUGUCUGCCGAGGCCCGCUCGGAGCUCAUGAAGAAUGCUGGCGCGCUCUACGGCCCAGCCCUCGCUGCGAAGAUCAGCGAAUACACGGUGAAGACGAAAGUUCAGGAGAACAUCGAUACCAACAAGGCUUCUGGAGAUUACGUGCUGGUCACUGAGGUCGGCGAAUUGGAUCGCUUCAAGAAAGACAAGUCCGCGCUGGCUCUCUUGCUGGCGCGGGCUCCCAGAAUGACAUGUGACUACACGGGCCAAGAGUUCGUUUGGGUGCCGACCUACUCCCACAGCUCGGAGGCCGUCAACAAGGACAGGCACGAGCAGGGGCGGGACAUCAUCGCCGAGGGUCGGAUCAAGAAGGCGCCUGCCGCUAAGAAAGAGCCCAGGGAGCCUAGGGAACCCAAGGUCAAGGGGCUGCCAGCUGGCCUCGUCAAGAAGUUCGACAAGUUCAUGGACACUGCGACCGAGCGGGUCACAGGAAUGGCUGCGUCCCUUGUCACCGCAUCGAGCGAGGAGGGUAAGGAGUACGUCAGCACGGCCCUCAUGAAGAGGGCCAACGCCGCCCAGGCCAAGUUGAGCUCGUUCAUUGAGGUCAUGCCUGGGCUCUUCGAGGACGGGAGCGGCGCCUCCAGGGAGCUGGUCGUCGAGAAGCUCCAGGAGGCGCAGCACGCCCUCGACGACCACUUCGACGCGAAGACGAAGCUCGAGGGUGCGCUGCUUGGCUUCCUCAAUCGGUACCGCCACGAUAUUAGGAUUCUGCGCUCGUUCGGCGGUCUCAUCGAGGACAUGCCGACAGUCGAGGGGGCGGCAGGCAGUACCGAGGAUGCAGAGGAGGAGGAGGGCGACGCGGGCGCGGCAGUGCCGACGGCGGCGUGGCAGCUGCCGACGGCGGCGCUGCAGCUGCCGACGGCGGCGCGGCAGCUGCCGACGGCGGCGCGGCAGCUGCCGACGGCGGCGCGGACCCUUCGCAGGUAG